GCAGUCGAACCAAAAGUAGACGGAAAAAAUUUUUGCGAACCAAAGUAAAAGUGUAAAAUUGAAUUAUUUCUUUUGUGAACUACAAAAAUGAAAUUUAAUAGUAACACCAAAAUAGUGGGCACAAAUGUGCUACUAGUUCCGUAUGAAAAACACCAUGUACCAAAAUAUCACACUUGGAUGACUAAUAAGGAGCUCCAAAAACUUACCGCUUCUGAACCUCUAACACUUGAACAGGAAUAUGAGAUGCAAAAAUCAUGGCGAGAAGAUGAUGAUAAGUGUACUUUUAUAGUUUUGCAUCGGGAGAAAUUUAACGAAACUAAUGAUGAAGUAGAAUCUAUGAUUGGAGAUACAAAUAUAUUUAUAACAGACGAAGCUGAGGGAGUAGGUGAAAUUGAAAUUAUGAUUGCUGAAGAUUGGGCUCGGCGACAGAAGCUAGGUUGGCAAACUGUAGUUUUAAUGCUACUUUAUGGAAUACAACACAUACACCUGAGCACUUUCGAAGCAAAAAUUUCACUUUCUAAUGAGAUCAGUAUACAAAUGUUCAAGAAAUUAGGCUUUGUCGAAAAAUCAGUUAGUGACGUGUUUCAAGAAGUCACAUUUGAGAAACCUGUUGAUGAUGACUGGAGAGCUUGGUUGCUAGCACAAUGUGUAUUUGAGAUACAAGCAUACCAUUAAAAUGUGAUUUGACUGAAUUUCU